AAUAGCUAGUUGCUAUCCACAGCCUUGAAAUUAGCCUUAUCCAAGCAAACCAAUAUCGACUUGGGUGUCUGGUUUUGCACUGUUUAUGUUCAAUGUUGAAGCGAACAGGGAAAUGUGCUGUAUCUUCUUCACGGCUACCUAAUCUCGCAAAGCUCAGCCCUCCUCCUCUCCACACAACUCUACAUUCAAUUCCCAAAAUUAGAGGAAUAAAAUUGAGCACUCAAGAACAAGUUUCAAACAUUCGUUGCCGUGCAAGAAGAAGAGUGAGAUACGAAGAGGAUGACGAUGAAAAAGAAGAUGAUGGAUAUGGAUACAAUGAGGAGAUUGCUUUGUUGGAAAACUAUACUCAAUCUGCAAGAGAAGAAGUCCUUCUUGUUCAUGCAAUUGUUGAUGACCAAGAAGUAGAAGUUCUCAUUUUCAAGUUGAUUGAGGCUGUGGACAAAGUCAUGACACAGCAGGGAGAAGAACAAGAGAAAACAGCAGAUGAAGUGUUUGAGAAAAUGAAAAUAUUGGAAGAGGGAAUGAGUGAAUUCAUUCCGGUAGGCAUUCAGGAAAUAGAUGUCAAAAAAAUUGGAUUAUUAGACAUCUUGAUGAGCACAACUUUUGGGUCGUUCAAGGUUUAUGAAGAAGUGAUUUGCGUAAAGAUUCUAGUUCCAGAAAGAAACCCAUUGUUAUACAAAUGGGUGCUGGCUUUGAAACAAGUUCCUUUGGUGAAAGAGUUGCUCUCUCCGCCUGACAAGCUUGCGCCUCUUCUUCAGCGUUAUAGACAGAAUGCUCUAAAAUCUUCUAAUUAGAUGUUAGAGUGGAAUUGUCGGCUUGAUGGGUCUCAUUUCAACAAGAUUGUACCUUUUGUUCGCAAGGAUGAAAUAAAAAAGGAAAAGAAUUUCAAUA